GGUUUGAGGUUAUAAAGAGAGUCACGACUAAGCGUCAUCUUAUUAAACAUUAUGAUUUUCUUUACAUGUAUCCACACUGAUAAGGCACUCAUCAUGUCACAUAAUGUUAUUUUUUUCCCCAUAGAGGUAACCCAAGUGGUAGUAGACCUAAUUUAAACUAUUUGUCACAGUCUGUAAAGUAAACUGCUGGAGCGUUAGCGGCAUAUGUCAUUUUAUAUCCAAAAUGGGUAUGAAAUGACUAAUACAUUAAAAAAGUAAGGGAAUUUCAGAAGCCAUGCAGGCAAGUAUGGUUGCUUCCAUCCUGUGUAUGUCAAUGAGGACUGCUGUUCUAAACUCUGCUAAGCUAACCAUUUUUGAACCAUUGUACUUUGAUUAGAUUAUCUCAGCCAAGCUACGAUAAUAACUUUUGUCACGUGUGAAAUCACGGCAAAAUAGACGUUUUUACGUUAAAGUUAUGAUAUUGAUUUACUAUCAUGAUGAUAAAUGGUCAUACAAGACGUCAUAUGGGAGCAUUCAUGCAUUAGGUGACGUUAUUCAACUGGCAGCCGUGGGCCAAAUCCGGCCCAUAAAUCAGAUAUUUUAACACACCUGUCACACAGAGGAUCUUUGAAUAAUGUUUUUGAAGUAGGUCCUUAAAAACAGCUCCUGUCAAAUAGAGGACCUUUAACUAAAGGUAAAAAGACAAUUAAUGUGAAAAUGUGACCCCCACCCAGAACAAUUUAGUCGAAUAGUCCUGUGCUUGACAUGAGAUUGUUUGUUGCCACCCAGCCACUUACGAUGCCCUUCCGUAGUAACUGGAAAAGACCAAGUACAAGUGCAGGAUACGCUUCUAUUCCCACAGCAUAAGAGCGUGGACCAUAAUUGCACCCUGUGGACACACCAAGGUAAACGCAGAUAACUUGGCUGAUAGGACCUCAUGGCAAAUGUAAUGUAUGUAUUAUCGCAAGGAAUGUUUUUUUUUUGUUGUCUCCCAACCCUUCAACAAAAAGGGAGUUUUUAUUGUCUUUCAUUAUCAGGUAUGACUAUGCAUGUGGAGUCAAGUCAAGGCUGAAAGUUCGUUUUGCUCUCAUCAUGUUUUGUGUGUGUGUUAUUUUAGAUAGCGGAGAUGGAAAUCAGCUGAUAAGACAACGGUGACAUCAAAUUGCAAUCUGUUUAAAUGAUUAUUUUACUUGAGUGGUGUCAUGUUGGGGCCCUGUUUACCACACUACAGUACACUUCAGCCGAGCUUUAUGAAGAGCUGCUGCGGCGUGUGACUACAGGUUUUCUGCUUGGUGGGUUAAAGUGCUGCUAAGCCGGGCCAGUGAUCGGAGGGGAGGAGAGAGAUGAGGCUGAGAGGAAAAUAGAUAUGGGGGUGUGAGAGGGGGGAGGAUUUAGUGGGACUCAGACAGACAGUGGAGCGGCUGUCAGUGUCAGACAGACACUCUCCGGCACCAGGCUGCUGGAGUCCGCCUACGUCCCCUUUGCUGGCCACCUGCCUCUCCCAGAAUAAAACAAGACAGUCCAAAAAGCUCCAGCAGAAGCAAGGAGGACAAGACAAAAAAGUGCGCCAUCUCACCAGGCUCAAGCCUACCACGACAUUCGCUGCGUUGAUCCUGACCGCACUUGACGACGAAAGUUUGUUUGUUAGUUACCAGGAGAGCCGGUGAACAGCUCCAGGAACCGGGCAGUCCCUAUACCCUCUCUUCCCCAGUGGAGCCACUUGCAUGGAUGCACCAUGGCCACGUUUGUCUGCAGGGUUCAGUUUUUAGACGACACAGAUCCAUUCAACAGCACCAACUUUCCAGAACCGACCAGACCACCGCUGUACACCUUCAGGGAGGACAUCCCACUCAUCAACCAGCUCGCAGGCGUCCACAGGCUCCUCAAGGCUCCGCAUAAGCUCGACGAUUGUGCUCUACAACUUUCCCACAAUGGCACCUACCUGGAUCUGGAGUCUUCUCUGGCCGAGCAAAGGGACGAGCUGGAGGGCUUCCAGCAGGACGACACAGGAUGCCAUCCUCGAGGGUCGGAUAGCCAUCAGCAUAGGGGCAUUGGGUGUUGUUUUGCCACGCUAACGUGCAGAGGGAAAAAGCACAGUGUAAUAUUACGAACCCAGCUGACCGUCCGUGUACACGCCUGCAUCGAAAGACUAUAUAACUCCAACGGGCGUGACUUGAGAAGGGCGCUGUUCUCACUAAAGCAAAUCUUCCAGGAUGACAAAGACCUGGUCCACGAGUUUGUGAUGGCUGAGGGAUUGACGUGUCUCAUCAAAGUGGGAGCAGAAGCGGACCAGAACUACCAGAACUACAUUUUAAGAGCUCUGGGGCAGAUCAUGCUGUAUGUUGACGGCAUGAACGGCGUCAUCGGCCACACUGAGACAAUCGAGUGGCUUUACGUGCUGGUGGGCUCAAAGUUUCGCCUGGUGGUAAAAACAGCGAUGAAACUGUUGCUGGUCUUUGUGGAGUACUCGGAGUCCAAUGCGCCGCUGCUCAUACAAGCCAUUGCUACAGUGGAUGCCAAAAGAGGUUGCAAAGCGUGGUCCAAUGCUUUGGAGAUCUUGCAAGAGAAAGAUGGCGUGGACACAGAGCUGCUUGUAUAUGCCAUGACACUCAUCAAUAAGACACUGGCAGCCUUACCUGAUCAAGAUUCCUUCUAUGACAUGGUGGACGGUUUGGAGGAGCAAGGAAUGGAGACAGUAACGCAAAGACACUUGGGUCGGAAAGGCACUGACUUGGACUUGGUUGAGCAGCUCAACAUCUACGAGUCCACACUGCGGCACGAGGACGGCGACGACGACACCCAGCCUCCGCCGACGGGACGAAGGGAUCGCCGGCGAGCGAGCCUCGGGGGAGGCGAUAAAAGGUGCGGCUUGGAAAGGAGGCGGAGCCGGAGGGCUUCUCUUGGGCGAUCCGGACAGGCGUCCCCCUGCAGCCCCGCAUCCCCCCAAAGAGCGGGCUUCCAUCCUUUUAACAGAUCGAGAAAUGAAGAGAUGAAUGAGAGAGAAGAGGAAUAUGAGGAUGGAGGGAUAAAGAAGUCCCAAGAAGAUGAGGCUCCAGUGACCGAGUCUGAUUCGGAUGAAAACGAUGAGGCUUUUUUAGUGUCUAGUCAGAGUACCAACAGCUCGGUAAGGCAUCUUCCAUCCAUCAUUCAACGCACAAUCCAGUCCAUCACCAUCACAUCCAGACCCAUGCAAGACCGAGAGAAUUGGAAAGAACCCCCUCCGCAAAGCCCCCUAAGCGCCCCCUCGACCCCCACGUCCCCUCCUCCGCCUCCCAUCCCCUCCCCUCUCAGCCCCCCCUCCCUUUUGGCCACCCUGUUGGCCAGGAAGAGGGUCGUCAGCACCGUCCCGGCCACCAAGGAGAUCAGCCCACCGUCACGUGGUACCGCGCAUCCUUCCCCUGAGUGCCUGCCCUACCGUCCCCACACGCCGUUCCACCUCUUCUCCUACGACCUGGAUGAAGGGACGCCACCCCAUGUGGAGACAAAUGAUAUGGCGUCUCCAAGGAACGGGAGUCUCUCGUCCUACUCCACUCUCAGCAGCCCCUCUACGCCCACCAGUCCCAGGCCUCCUCUGGGGGGUCUCUUGUCCUCCUCCUACCGACAACACCAGGAGUCCUUGGCAGCCGAGCGAGAGCGCCGCCGUGUGGAGAGAGAGGAGCGGCUGCAAAGGAUUGAAAGAGAGGAGAGGAACAAACACAGCCGGGACUAUGUGGACAAAAUGGAAGAGGCCAGGCUGGCACGGGAGGAGAGGUAUAAGAACCUGGAGCGUCUGGCUGCCGAGGAGUAUGAGAAAGAGCGCCUUCCCCGCGGGCCCAGGACUCGCCCGGAUCUCGACCUGACUUUUGAGCCCUCUGAGACGUGGCCCUUGUCGUCUCGCAGCAGCACCCCAUCCUCGUUCGCCUCCCAGGAGGACGGUGAGGCCGACAACGAAGCCGAGACCGCCACCGCCACCACCCUUUACGCGUCCGCUGAGGCUGCAGAGGCCGAUGACUCUGGCGCCAGUGUAGAGGAGAAAGAGGCCGCCGCUGAAGAGGAGGAGAAAAAGGAGGAAACGCAGGAGGAAGCGGCGGCAGAGAGCGAGGAGGAAGGCGAGCAGCCGGAGCCUCAAAGGGAGAAGGAGGAGGCCGAGGAGGACAGCGGCAUCCUGAGCGACAAGGAGAGACAGAAUGAGGAGGUGAACGAGAAGGACAACUGCUCAGCCUCCAGCAUCUCCUCGGCCAGCAGCACCCUGGAGAGAGAGGAGCGAGGGAACAGCGAGAAUGGUCUCAAAGAAGAUGAAGUAAACCAACCGUGCAGCAAACUCCUCAACAGUAAGCUCUUCAUGCUGGACAUGUUGUACUCCCAGAACAAGAAGCCCUGUGAGCAAGAGGAGGAGGAGGAGGAUGCCGAGAAGGAAAAAGAGGAAGUCGAGGGCGACAACAAGGAGGAGACGCAGAAGGACCCUGACAGACAGCUGAGCGAUGACCAGCUAAGCGACAACAGGGACGACAAGUCCGAGCAGCGGGGGAGCAUACGCCAGUUUGCCGAGCGCUUCGGAAACUUGAUCAAGGACCUCGGAUGCCCCCACCCUCAUCUGGACAGCCAAGAGACACUCCCUCCUCCCCCAUCCAAAAAGGAAUCAGACACAAUCUGGGACCAGCUUCUUGCUAGCCCCCGUGAGCUACGCAUCGGGGACAUCAACUUCACCGACCUGACGGACGACGACGACAAGGACAUACUGGAUGUUGUUCUGAUGCGCGGAUGCGGCGACCUGCCACCCCCGCCGCCUCCUCCGCCUCCUCCUCCAUUCAGCGCACCUUUCACUCCGCCCUGCAUUGCACCUUUCCCUCCGCCCCCGCCCAUGCUCGGCAGCUGCCCGCCACCUCCUCCCUUGACAGGAAUGAUGCUGCCUCCUCCGCCGCCUUUGUUCAACCUGCCGAUACCUCCUCCUCCUGAGCCUCCUCUCUUCAACAAGAAGAAGAAGACAAUCAGGCUAUUCUGGAGUGAGGUGCGGCCUACAGACUUGCCAAGCGGUGACUACAAGAGAAACGGAGACUCCUUCUGGUCCAAACUUGAUUCUGUCAAAUUAGACACAGCCAAACUGGAGCAUCUGUUUGAGUCCAAGUCCAAAGAAAUGCCCGUCACUAAGAAAACGGCAGCAGACGGCAAGCGUCAAGAGAUCAUCGUGUUGGAUUCCAAGAGGAGCAACGCCAUCAACAUCGGCCUGACCGUGCUGCCACCUCCUCGCACCAUCAAGACGGCCAUCCUCAACUUUGACGAAUACGCGCUCCACAAGGAGGGCAUUGAGAAAAUCCUCACAAUGAUCCCCACGGAGGAGGAAAAGCAGAAGAUCCAGGAGGCCCAGCUGGCCAACCCCGACGUCCCGCUGGGCUCAGCUGAGCAGUUCCUGCUCACUCUGUCGUCCAUCAGCGAGCUCUCUGCCAGGCUUCAGCUGUGGGCUUUUAAGAUGGACUAUGAAGCAACCGAGAAGGAAGUAGCCGAACCGCUGCAGGAUCUAAAGGAGGGUAUGGAACAACUGGAAAAGAACAAAACUCUCCGUUACAUCCUCUCCACGCUGCUGUCCAUCGGAAACUUCCUCAACGGAACCAACGCUAAAGGUUUCGAGCUGACCUACUUGGAAAAGGUGCCAGAAGUGAAAGACACGGUCCAUAAACAGUCUCUGCUGCAUCACGCUUGCUCCGUGGUGGUGGAGAACUUCCCUCAGAGCACGGACCUCUACUCUGAGAUUGGAGCCAUCACGCGCUCUGCAAAGGUGGACUUCGACCAGCUGCAGGAGAACCUGUCCCAGAUGGAGCGUCGCUGCAAGGCGUCGUGGGACCACCUGAAGGUGAUCGCCAAGCACGAGAUGAAGCCUCAGCUCAAGCAGAAGAUGUCGGACUUCCUCAAAGACUGCGCCGAGCGAAUCAUCAUCCUCAAGAUCGUCCACCGCAGGAUCAUCAACAGGUUCCAUUCAUUCCUGUUGUUUCUGGGCCAUCCGGCCUACAGCGUGAGAGAGAUCAGCGUGCACAGGUUCAGCAAAAUCCUCAGCGAAUUCGCCCUGGAGUACCGGACCACCCGAGACCGCGUGCUGCAGCAGAAACAGAAACGAGCCGACCACCGCGAGCGCAACAAGACCCGGGGGAAGAUGAUCAUGGACGUCAACGCUCCUUCUGAUGAUGAAGAGGAGAGCGAGUGCGUGAGGUACGGGUCUGGCAGCGCCCCCGGUGGCAGCCAGGAGAGCGAGCAGCCUCAAGGUUUGGGUCACGCGGAGGAUGCUGCAGAGCAUGAGCACAUGAAAGCAGUGCUGAGAACCAGCAUUGGCAGCGGAGGCGGCGACAAGGAGGGCAGCGGCGUCGUCCCGGGGCUACGUACGCGCACUAGGUCACGACCAGGACGGGGAGGACAAAAUUCAGGGGCUAGCUUGCGGGCGCGGACCCCGGCGGUGGAGGAUGCUCAGGUGUGCGGCGACGACGCUGCCGACGAGAUCAUGGAGCGCAUCGUGAGGUCCGCCACUCAGGCUCCGGGAAGUAGACCGCAGCCGCGAGAGAGGAGGAGGUCCAGGGCCAACCGAAAAUCAUUGAGGCGGACCCUAAAGAACGGUUUGACCCCAGAGGAGGCGCUGGCUUUAGGCUUAACCGACACUGCAGACCCGCAGAUGUAAUCACGCCCCUCUGAUGGUUCGUCCCCUGCCGGCUCGGCUGCCUUUGCUGAUUUUUUCUUUUUAAAUAAUUGCACCAAGCAGAAGCUACACUGGUUUCUGUCAGCUGCUAACCUCUGCCGGAUGUGUCUGAGUGAUGAUGUCAGUGUUUUUUGUUUUUUUAACAAUGCACAAGGAUGAUCAAUUGGAACUUUAUUUAUAGAGCUCUAUUUUUGUCUAGCUGUGAUGUCACGGUUACGCAUCCUAUUUAAGCUGUGAACGUUCCACCCAAAGAUGAAUUUAUUAUCUCUUCCGCCCGCUUCCAAAGUACCUUAAGAGAUGGAGAUCACCUUAAAAUAGCGUGAUCUUUUGUGUAAAUAUCAACGUGUGAAGAGUAUGAAAGGUCUUCAAUUGGAUGUGUGCCUUUCUAGCCAAAAGGGACAACGCCGUACUGUUUAUUCACCUGCUUCCUCGAUUGGACUUUUUAUUCUGGCUGAGUAUUUAUUUGAGAAGCUUUGUAAUCAGUGACAUUUUGCACCUUACUAGUCGUGCAGCAAAAAGAACAUUUUUUAUUAUUAAGGAAACUGUAAAGUGUAAAAAGACAAAAUGAAUAAGGAUUUUUUUUUUCUACGUGUAUUAAAGUAUUUGACAUGCGAGACACUUUCUUGUGGUGUUAGUAUUGUGCGUGUUUGGUGCGCUUCAAGUCGCGUAUUGUUUUGUAGAAAUGUGUACCAUAGAACAAAAGAGGCUAUUCUGUGAAAUGUGAUUAAAUGUAGAUAUGCUCGUAUGGAGGGAAGGAAUCUUUUUAGGGCUGUUACGUCUUGUUAUUUUUGCUCUCGUGGCGCUUCUAUGAACUUCAUGCGAGACCUUCUGGGGGAAACGAAGGUCCGUCUCUCGCUGGGAAACAUCGCCGUGUCGCGAGUGGACCGUGGAGUCGAAUUGUUUCACUUGAAAUGCUGUUUGUACACAUUCUACGAAAAUAAAAAUAAACACUGUGCGGGGGAAGAAAGAG